GCCGGCGGCCGCCGCACCCAGCCGCGCCGGCGAGGACAGGGGCCGCCGCCGCGCGCCCGCCGCCCGCGCCGAUGUGAAUCAUUAAAAAGAAAAUGGCCCAACGGAGCGCUGUAUUUCCUUCUCUUGUCACCGAGGAAAGGUAUAAUAUAUGGAAAAUAUGCAUCUAAGGCGAGUUAGAACGAUGCCCCGACACAGCCAGACCCUGACCAUGGCGCCCUACUCCUCCGUAAGCCUGGUGGAGCAACUGGAAGACAGGAUCCUCUGCCACGAGAAAACCACGGCCGCCCUCGUGGAGCACGCCUUCCGGAUCAAAGACGACAUCGUCAACAGCUUGCAGAAAAUGCAAAACAAAGGGGGAGGUGACCGCUUGGCCAGGCUUUUCUUGGAGGAGCACAUCAGAAACAUAACUGCAAUAGUGAAGCAGCUGAAUCGGGAUAUCGAGGUACUCCAGGAGCAGAUCCGUGCCCGGGACAACAUUAGCUACGGAACUAAUUCUGCCUUAAAGACUCUGGAGAUGCGGCAGCUCUCCGGCAUGGGAGAUCUCCGGGGGAGAGUGGCCAGAUGUGACGCCAGCAUAGCCAGACUCUCUGCCGAGCACAAAACGACCUAUGAGGGGCUCCAGCACUUGAACAAAGAGCAGCAAGCUGCCAAACUGAUCUUGGAAACAAAAAUCAAAGACGCAGAGGGACAGAUUUCUCAGCUUUUGAACAGGGUGGACUUGUCAAUAUCGGAGCAAAGCACCAAACUGAAGAUGUCCCACAGAGACAGUAACCACCAGCUUCAGCUUUUGGAUACUAAAUUUAAAGGUACAAUUGAGGAGCUCAGUAACCAGAUUUUAUCUGCAAGGAGUUGGUUGCAACAGGAACAAGAACGGAUAGAAAAAGAACUCUUACAGAAAAUCGAUCAGCUUUCCUUGGUUGUUAAGGAAAACAGUGGAGCCAGUGAAAGGGACAUGGAGAAGAAGCUCAGCCAGAUGUCAGCCAGACUGGACAAAAUAGAAGAGAGUCAGAAGAAGAAUAUGGAGGUACAGAGGACAAAACAAGAAGAGGAGAAGGUGCAUGGGCGAAUCAGCCAGCUCGAGUUACAGAUGACCGAGGACAUGAAGGAAAUGAAAGCAGAAGUCGAUGCGGGGUUUACAGCCAUCUAUGAAAGCAUAGGCUCCCUCAGGCAAGUUCUUGAAGCCAAGAUGAAGCUGGACAAGGACCAGCUACAGAAGCAAAUCCAACAGAUGCAGAAGCCGGAAGCUCCCAUGUGAAGGGACUUGGGACAUGGACCUCAAAGGUGGUGUUGCCAGUGGGGCCAGGAGCUGGAUACCUCUGUAGCCAGGCUGUUGCUGCAUUCAGGAGUGUUCUAUUCAUGGCGUGCAUGUGCCAAGAAGUGUGUUUUCAUGGGUCUAAAUGUUUACCUUGAGUCUUGAAAACACUCUCUUUAAAGGUAUUACAUACAGUUUUUACCACUUUAUUCCACUUCCCUAAAUUCAAUGGAAUAUCCUCUCCUCCCUGGAUUUUGAAAGGCUUUUAUCCCUUUCGUUUUAUGAAUGAAAAGACUUAAUUUUCCUUCGAUGAUUGAUGCGUUAGCUAAGACUUUACACUUGAAAAAAAUGUCAUGGUGAUUUUUUUAAGUUAAGAAACUAAUGAAUUAUCUCAAGAAUGUGUUGAUCCUCACCCUAAAUUAAGAGAAUGUCCUGAUAGGUUAGAAUUCAACCUUUGAGUCCAUAUUUGGAUUUUAUUAUUGUUGUCUGUGCAUUUCUUAUAUUGGUUAUCUUCUUGUAAAUCUGUCUUUUGUAGGGGGAGGGGAUUUAACAUUUGGAAAAAAACCUACCAUUUAUGCAGUGAAAAUAGUUUAAAAAUUGAUAACUGCCAUAUAGAUUACAAAUUAAAAUGGAAACUUAAAAUAGUUAUCUAGAUAAUACAAGGGACAAUUAGCUACACCGGCCACCUAGUUAUACCAGGUUUUAAUAUUGAAAACUUUUUUCAAUUUCCCAUAGCCUGUAUAGUGAUAGCCAUAUAUUCAAUAAUGGAAUGGUGGUUAAUAGCCUAUUUAUUACACAAUUAAUUGUUCCUUAAUCAUAAUGGGAUGUUAAAAUUUUUCAGGCUUUUUGAUCUCCUCUAAAUUUUUCCAAAAUUGGCACAAAGUGCUAAGGUUUAUAUAUACUUACUGUAACUGUAUUCUUGUGCCUUGGUUUUAUCACGUCAAUGCACUGUACCGUAUAAAAGUUUUGCGGACAAAAUAGAAGGCACGAUAAUACAUCAGAAUUAUGAUGUAAAAAUGGGAUCUUAUGUAUUUUUUAAAUGUUCUAAACAUUUUAUCGCUGUUACGAUGUUAAUCAUUCAGUUAUCAUUAACGGAAUAGAACUUCGUAGUUUUGUAUGGCCAGAGAAUCAAAUUGAUAUUGCAUUUAUAACAGUGUCAAGAAACGUUCAUUUUGAGCAACUCCAUAGAUGAUGGGUGUUUUAUUUUCUAUCGCCAUAUUUGAUUAGUCAUUGAAAAUUGGCACCAGUGCUAUUUGUUCACCUAUGUAUGUAGAAACUAAUAGUGAGACACACGCCUUUCUAAACUGUGAGGGUGUCCAAGAAAAAGAAAACAGGAAUACUUUGAAAAAUUAAAAAAAAUUUUUUUUGUCUGCCAAGGACUCAGGAAAAUUAAAGCGUUUUCUAUUUUAGAAUACAUCAUAAAUGAAAUCUCUAACUGGCUAUUACUGUUUACCCAUAUAAAUUAUGCUGCUAAAGUACAUAAUAAUGUACCCUCAAUGGCUUGACAAAUUUUUUUUUUUAAUUUCGACCCAAGAAGUCAUAUAAUGAAGAUGUCAUCCAACAUAUAUUUCCUUAUUUUGUCACAGAUCUUUGCAUCGCUGUAUAGGAAGACUACUUCCACUCCACAGUGAAAAAACAAAAAGGUUAAUGCUCUUUUGCAAUUAGAAAGUGAGUUUGCUUUUGUGAUAGAGUAGCUGUGUUUAGUACAGCUCUCCUGGUUUCAGCACAAAUCACAGCACAGAGAGCUGUGGCCCCUCCAGAGACUCUCCUUGGGGGCCCGUGAGGAGGAAGAGUCAGCAUAUGUCACACCUGGGAAGCGGGGGACAGAGGACGCCAGCUGGACUCAGGCCAAGAGGUGACGUGAGCGGGUGAUGCUUGGCUGUCUGCUGAACUGCUCAGGUGCUUCUGAUGCUGCCACCCCCACGUCGGGAGCUCCAGUGGGGGGUUCUCUACCGUGGCUGCAAGUUGGAAUCACCUGGGCAAUUCAAAAAGCUACCGACGCCCGGCCUGCCCCCCUAGACCAACUAAGUCAGAGCCUCUGGGAGGGGGUGCCGGCAGCAGCACGUGUCAGAGGCCCCCAGGUGACUCACGUGUUGUGCGCCCCGCGCUCCAGCGUCCUCUUAUCACCAAAGUUUAAAUGAUAAUCAGCUUCCCUGUACUUUACCAGAAAUUUGCAAUAAAAAGAAUAAAACUUCCAAA